CUCCAUCGGCUCCCGCGUGGCCCAGUACCGAAGGCAGCCCCGGCCGGGAGCGGACCAUCCUCCCCAGCCCGAGACCCCCGGGGGGAAGCCGGCCGUGCGGAAGUGGAGGGGCUCCGGCCAGGUAAGGGCGGGCGCCGGGUGCGGAGGGAAAGGGAGCGCUAAGGCUGGCGCCGUCCCCGCCGCCUCGGGGGCUUGGGAAGGGCGCUGGGCCCUGGGCCUGGCGCAGUCGGGCGGCCGAAGUUUUUUUAAGCCGACGCCCGCCACCCUCUUGCCCUGGAGACGUGAGUUUGUGUGCGCCGCUCCGCUCGGACUUAAUUCAAUGGACGGUUUACAUGCCGGAGAACACUGGGCGGGAAACGGGGGUUGGGGGGAUCCCACAGGGAGGCGCGCAGGAAAAAAAGAUUUCCGCAGUCUGAAUUGCUUCUAAGGCGUUUGUAAUAGCGUGUAAAGUCUGUGAGGACUUGUUUCUCCUACUCCUAGGCGAUAAGUUAGCUGGGAAGGUGGUGGGGGUGCUCCUUUCCUCUCCGGUUCCCCUCCGCGCCUUGGCUUGUGGUUUCGUCUUUCCCGCUUUCCCCGCCCCUCCCUGGUCCCAGCAGCCGCGGCGGCUUCCGUCUUAAAGGGGCCGCAGCAGCGGCCGGAGGAGGGAGGUGGAGGAGGAGGAGGAGGUCCCAAGCCAAGCACCCGCUCCUCCGCGUCCCGGGGCCAGACGGAGGAGGGAUGAGGCAGGGGGGGCCCGGGCAGCGCCGUUGCUGCUCCCCCCGCCGCCCGCAGCAGCCAUGGAAACGGGGACGGCGGACGGCGCCCGCCGAGGUACACAAAGCCCCGAGAGGAAAAGGCGAAGCCCAGUGCCGCGGGCGCCCAGCGCGAAGCUGAGGCCAGCGGCUGCGGCCCAGGCCAUGGAUCCGGUGGCGGCCGAGACGCCCGGCGAGGCCUACCUGGCCCGGCGGCGGCGGCGGCGGCCGGAGGAGGGAGGCGGCGGGUCCGCGCAGCCGCGCUACAGCCUGUUGACCGAGAUCGGGCGCGGCAGCUACGGCGUGGUGUACGAGGCAGUGGCCGGGCGCAGCGGGGCCCGGGUGGCGGUCAAGAAGAUCCGCUGCGACGCCCCGGAGAACGUGGAGCUGGCGCUGGCCGAGUUCUGGGCCCUGACCAGCCUCAAGCGGCGCCACCAGAACGUGGUGCAGUUUGAGGAGUGCGUCCUGCAGCGCAACGGCCUGGCCCAGCGCAUGAGCCACGGCAACAAGAACUCGCAGCUCUACCUGCGCCUGGUGGAGACCUCGCUCAAAGGAGAAAGGAUCCUGGGUUAUGCUGAGGAGCCCUGUUAUCUCUGGUUUGUCAUGGAGUUCUGUGAAGGUGGAGACCUGAAUCAGUACGUCCUGUCCCGGAGGCCGGACCCAGCCACCAACAAAAGCUUCAUGCUACAGCUCACAAGCGCCAUUGCCUUCCUGCACAAAAACCACAUCGUGCACAGGGACCUAAAGCCAGACAACAUCCUUAUCACGGAGAGGUCUGGCACCCCCAUCCUCAAGGUGGCAGACUUUGGACUAAGCAAGGUCUGUGCUGGGCUAGCCCCCCGAGGCAAAGAGGGUAAUCAGAACAACAAAAAUGUGAAUGUGAAUAAGUACUGGCUGUCCUCAGCCUGCGGCUCAGACUUCUACAUGGCCCCUGAAGUCUGGGAGGGACACUACACAGCCAAGGCUGACAUCUUUGCCCUGGGCAUUAUCAUCUGGGCAAUGAUAGAAAGAAUCACUUUCAUUGACUCUGAGACCAAGAAGGAGCUCCUGGGGACCUAUAUCAAACAGGGGACUGAGAUCGUCCCUGUUGGUGAGGCGCUGCUAGAAAAUCCAAAGAUGGAGUUGCACAUCCCCCAGAAACGCAGGACUUCCAUGUCUGAGGGGAUCAAGCAGCUCUUGAAAGAUAUGUUAGCUGCUAACCCACAGGACCGGCCUGAUGCCUUUGAACUUGAAACCAGAAUGGACCAGGUCACAUGUGCUGCUUAAAAUUCAGGGCAAAGCAUCUUGGUUGUUUUUAAACUAGGUUGAUCCCCGGGACCCACAGUCUCACAGAGGACGGCAGAGUACAGGUGCCCGGCCGGCAGCCAUCUCCCGACAGCUGGAGCUCCAGCAAUGUGAAGCUUUGUUUGCGUUUUCUCCCUUCAGUUUCGCUUAAUUUUUUUUUUUUUUUUUUUUUUUUUUUUUUUUUAAUUUAAACAAUUUAAGACUUCAAAAGAGCAGAAGCUCUGCUAUGGACAGGCACCAGUUUCUUUAAAGAAAUUUAAUAUGGACAAAGCAUUUGUGUAAAUUUCAUCUUUAAUUUUCAUAAGGGGUUAGGGCUCUAUUUCGUUUUUGUCCUUGCUUUUACCCAUUUCUCAGUUCUGCUCAUAACGCCUCACUUCUCCCAGAGAAAGGCCCUCUCCGAGGUGAUGGGGGCAUUUCUCCCAGAACGGAAUGGAGACAGGAGGAGGCCCCUGGGCCACCUUCCCACCAGGUGCAGGACCUGUCGACCCCUCGCUGCUCCCGGCCAGCUCUUGGCCUCGGGUCAAGAUCCACCUGGAGGAGGAAGACCAGCGUCUGUCUGCCCAGGAGAAGUCAGGAAAGCAGUGCUCACCCGGGGUGUGUUCUCUUUAAGCUGUGGAAGCCCUCGGCCACUCCAAGACUUCUCACAGUGGUGGGACUCCAUUCCCCGCUGCCCUUCAUGACAGACCUCAAGGGGCAGGGGGACGGGGCAGACGUGAUCAUCUCCCACUUCCUGGUGGUUGAGCAGUCAGCCAUCCCAGCUCUACAGGCCUACGUUUCUGUUGGUGAUCUUCCUCCCAGCAGGAGACCCCAGGAAGAAACUGUCGUGCCAAACCUCUGCCCAGGUUGUCACGGAGACCGCCUGAGCUCCUGCGAUCCAGUCGUGACCAUUGCCAUACAACAGGGUGCCCUGGACUGGCUGUUGGCUGCACUGAAGGGUGUGCCCUCUGUGCCGGGUCCCCUGGUAUCACUUAUGGUAACAGUGUCCUGCCAUCUCCCUCCCCCCCAGGGCACACUGUUAGUUGUAAAUGUGUGUGACCGGAAGAGGAUGGAACAGCCCGGAGUAGGGGGGUGACUGGGCAGGCCCCUGCAGCUUUUAGGUGCCUGAUUGUGGGUUUGCCACCUAGAGCUUCCCCAGUGGUGGAACCCACCAGGAGGGUCAGUGUACCUGCUAUUCUGCUCUCAACAGCCCCUUGUCACAGGCUUCUGAGCCUGGCUUCGUCCCGUCCCCCCCGUGUCCUCCCCCUGCCAGCUCCCGGGCAGGACAGGAACCCUCGGUGCUGGCCCCCUGUGUCACCUGGGCUCUGUGUUAGCUAUUCCAGGACUUUCCAUCCUGUGACAGCCAAGCCGGAAAGGGUCUUUGGGGAGGGGGAAGGAAUUCCUCUUUCGUGUUUGUGUUUGUUUUUGCUUCUCUAAGCCGGCAGUGGAUCAGUAGGGGAGAUCGCUGGAGGGCCUUUCAGUUCUGUAUGACAGGGGGCCUUCCCCACAGCAGCUCCGGUCCUACGCUCUGGGCGUUUGGGAGAGGCUAGCACAGUGUCAGCUCAAACUUGACAAUAUGUUUGCUCGAAUUCUUUCAGCCGUUUCUCAAGCUCCUCAGAUACCAAGUCUCCUUCCUCCUGGGCAGACAGCUGGCGGUGGUAGCAGGACCAACAGGGCUGCAGGUGGUAACCAGGCCCAUCCAUUCCUAGGCUGAAAUACUUUGUGAUCGCCUGUCUCUUAUCGCUUCUUCUAGGGCGACCUGUGUGUGCUCUGAGCUGCACCUGGGCUGUGGGGAGCCCAGCAUCCCCUAAUUGCAGUGCACUCACCUGCCCUACCUCCUGUCUUCCCUGCGGCCAGCUGUCUGCACAUGAGCGAAUGGGAAAACAGUCCCCAAACUCGCAGCUCCCUCUCCCUGCUGCAGCUUGGGUUCUGGAGUCCUCAGUGAGGGCUCAAGCCUAACAAGUUAUUUGCCUUUUGCUUAUUAUUUUUUCCUUCUGCCCUCCCCAGCCUCUUAGCUCUGAGUAGGUCUUGGAGCUGCAGUGCACCCCCUUGAUUAUUUUUCCUGGUGCCAGGGUAUCCCCUAUAGAUGACAGGAUGUCCAUAACUUCCGGGUGAGGUGGGGAGCCUAAGGAGCCAGCUUCCGUGCACCCUUACCUGGUAGGGCUCCCAGCCUCCUGGGUGGAUGUGACCUUCCCCAGCUCUUGAGGGCCAGCUCGUUAGCCCAAGUGCCUGUCUCCUUUCCCCCACUUCCCCCGCUCUCUCACUGUGUCCACUUGAAGUUGGGCGCCGGUCCUGAGUCAGUCCAAUCUGUGGACUAGCCUGGGGUGAGGGGGUGGCCCCUGUCCUCUUUCUCAGCCACUUGCCACCUGUUCCCACCAUGGUCGGCUUCCUCGCCUCUUCCUGCCUUUUCACCCUCUCCACCCGUCUCAGGCCUGGCAGCAGCUUGGUGGUGCAGCACCUCAGUGCCACCAAGUUUGUUAAGCAUGUCCAGGUUCCAGAAGUUUCCAAACCUUAAAAUAGCAGUCCGUUAUUCUCUUCUCCAGUCUGAAAAGGAGAGCCUGUUGGAGGAGAGUCUGGGCCUGGUUGCCCCCUAAGUGAGAGGAGUCAGCAAGACAGGUCAUACAUAGUGCCUUAUUCCAUUGUCUUCCCUGGCCAGACCCCGCUGCCUCGGAGUCUGUCUUCCUCCUUGUUUGGGUCCAUCUGUCUCUUAAACUCUCCCUCCCAUUCACCCAUAGCCACAUGGGGUUCCCCCAUCCCUUCCUGAGGGCUGCAGCCAGGUACACAUCUCCCCGCCCACCACUAGCAGCUUUAGCUGAGGAUGGAAAAUGCUUUAGGCAGCUGCACUCUGCCUCUUACUAUCCAGCGCGUCCCUGCCUUUUACCUCUAGCCAGGAGGAUGCCAUGGUUAUUCAUACAAGACUGGCUCCAUCUGAGCCCUCUGGGCACUGGGGACUAAGUCGCAGGCCUCAGCCUCAUCUCCAGGAGGCACUGGGAAGGAGGACAGGACCUCUCCUGCCCGGAUGUGGUUGCCCCUCGUGGCUGCCUUUCUGAGGGCGUGUAUAUGUUUACUUGAGAAAUACCCUGUUUACAGCCAGAGGGGAAGGGUGCCCAACACUAGGUGGAGAGUGACUCGGGACAGGGCCUGGCCUCUGGCACUGCCGGCGGUGGCUCCAGCAUGAACGAAGCCAGAGGUGCCAGGGGCACUUCCUGCGCUCCCUCUUCUCCCCGACCCUGCGGUGCUAUGACCACUGGCCACCUUCCUCAGCCUCCUGGCCCGGGACAUUCCCCACCUGCAUUCCUUCCUCCAAGAUCCUCAGCUCCUUAACAUAUCAGUUGCCUCCUAGAAACCAGUGUGUGGAGCAAUAAGAUUUUUCUUUUUUCUUCAGUCUUUUUCUAAGAAAAGGAAAAGAGUUGACAUUGUGGAACUCUCCUUUUUAUGCUGUUGACUGUUUGCCUUCUUAGAAGACAGGCGAACAUCUAGGUUCUGACUUUGGGGUAUCUUGGAAACUUGGAAAAGCAAGUUAGUCUUUUGCCCCUAAGAAGGGGAUCCUGACCGUUCUCACCAUGCUCCAUGUCACCUGGGCUUCCAGCCUUUCCCUCCAAGUGUGCCUCCCACCCUUGAUCCUGCUGGUGCCCCCACACACAUCUGGGGCACUGGUGGCCUGACUCUUCAGUGGGGCUCUUGGGUUAUUGCUUCCUGUAGCACCUUUACCCUUGUAGGUCUGUCUGGUGGUCCCCAGAUAGGCAGCUGCUGAGUCUCCUGGGAAGACAAUAGCUAAACUUGAACUAUUCGAUUCUGGCCACCAGGCUUGGGGCUGAGGCCCAGAGACACUGCCUCAGCCAUCAUCCCACACUGGGCUGAGCCACGGCCUUCAGGACAACAUAGGCCCAGGACCAUCUCUGAUCCUGUCCACCUGAGAGCAUGGAGAGAUGCCAUAGGAGGGGAAGCAGGAGGUGUGAUGUCCAAGUUGACUGUCACUGGCUGCCCGGAGCGGCCCUAGGAUUGCAGGGGUCACCGGAGGGAGGCCACAGGAGGAAGGGAGUUUAUUUAGUGACAUUUUAAAAGACCACUUUCGUGCCCCAGGACCUCUUUCCAUCAGAGCAGAGGAAUAUGUUGUGAUGAUGAACAGUUGUGUGGGGCCAUUUCAGUGAGGGAAGAUUUACCCAGGCUCAAAGUUUGUUUCAAAUACUAGUUAAUAAACCUAUUUUCCUUAUUUUCUUUUUUUGCACAGAAGCUGGUAAUCUAGGACCUACGUGUGAACAACUUUAUAUGAAUAUUUUUUGUACUUGGUUUACUUGGGUUGGUAUGAUACAUUAUAUUUAAGUUCCUUGAACACUGUGGAGCCCCUAUUGUGUAUGAAUGACUGAGGCUUUGUAAAUUAAGGGACGUUUGUGUGAAUAAAGUUAUUUGAUGGGGUCAAAGAAGCCAUAUGUGA